GUAUUUUCAGUAAUGGUCCCUUUGCUGUUUACAAAAAGCAUGUUCAAUGUGUUGUGUUGUCACAGUACCUUCAUCUUCCAUCACAACAAAUUUUUGUUGUGGAUCCUGCAUGUGCUACACCUGACAUCAGGAGCCUGACAAACGCAUCAAAAAAAUUUCAGUAAGCAAUUUUUUUCAUACAAAUAUUAACACAUACAAUCUUAAAAAAAAAAAAAGGAAUCUUUAGGAUAUCUAAAUCAAAUUGUUACUUAGCAAGUUGUUGUCUAACACAGACAGUACUUCAAAAUGCGUCACAAUCGCCUGGGAAAAGAGGACCUGGUCAAUAUUGAGUGGAAAACUGGUCACAUAAACCACACAGUGCAAGAGGAUGCUACCAGUUGUGGAGUAUUUGUUUUACAGAUGAUAAAGGAAACUGUGAAACAGUUUCCAGUCAUUCCACAGGAAUUUCAAAUAAAUCCUUCAGCAGAAAAUAUACAAAACCUCAGAAGAGAGAUGGCACGGGAUAUUCUGCUUGCAGCAGAAUCAAACGAGGAAUUCUGCUCUACCUGUGGGCUGAGAGACCUCCCAAACAAGACAGAUGUCCAGAUGAUUGACUGGAUUCAAUGUGACAGGUGUUGUAGGUGGUUUCACAUUUUAUGUGUAGGCCUACAGUGCAAUUCUUCUGAUGAAACGGAAUGGUUCUGUGAGUUGUGCAGGAUGCACUAAAAAGGUGAAGGACAAACAACAGGCAAACAGUUAGCCUAAAUGCUAAAGAUGUGCCAUGGCCCAUUAUUUUGGGUUGUU